AUGAGUACACAGCGCGAUCGCACUACUUUAACCACUAAUGAAAAAAUUAUAGUUAUAUUAAUUUACAAUUACUUUCAAAAAAGUAUAUAUUACCAAAAUACUAAUCUUCGCAAGGAAGUUGUCUUGGCAACAGGAAUUGGUGAAAGAACUGUUGAUCAUAUUUUUGCUAAAUAUAAUGAAAAUAAAGAGCUUAAGCCACCUAAAUAUAAUCGUUGUCCACUUAAAGAAUAUCAAGCAGAAUAUAUAAAUGCAAUUCAUGACCUUAUUUUUUUAGCUAACAAAAAAGCAAUUGAAGUUGAAAUUGAUGACAAAAGUGAUGAUAAUUAUGAUAAAAACCUGGAUACUUCAGAAUCAGAUUUAGACUGA